GCUGUGAAUAAAUACACUAACAUCGAAGUCCUUGGGUUUCUGUUCUCAGGGUUUUUGACUAUCUAGCAUCUGUUCCUAACACUCUUUUGUGUUGUACCUUGCGACUGUUCUGCCUGCAUCCGUCCUUCAUCACUUAUUUGACACCACCGCUACUCCCUUUUCUCCUUCACCUGUUUCUCUUCAACCUUAUUAUUAACAAGAUGGUGAACUGGAAGGCUCCCGAGUCGACCGACCGGCUUCUUGCAUCGCUGAUCGUGGCACAUCCAGGCCUAAAGCUUGACUACAGCGCAAUGGCUGCAGCCUUCGGGCAAGGUGCCACCUACGACUCAAUCGAGGGCCGUUUCCGCAAAUGGCGCAAGCUGGCUGAUGAGCUUCGAGGCGAUCUAGAGUCGAAAGGCAUCACGGAGCUCCCCCGGGGCCGCGGCGGGUUAUCCGGCUCCUCUACACCGAGAACCCCCAGAGGAGCGCGCAAUGGCAUCACCAAAGUCACCCAGUCUGCCUCAUCGUCCCGUGUCCGCAAGGAUGGCCGCACCAUUGUGCAAAAGACGCCAACCAGGCCCGCAAAAGGCGGCAGCAGCAUCAAUCGCCAUGGUAACUCGCUCGUGCAGGCAAUCUUCGUGGAGGACAGCGGCGAGGACGAAAAGGUGAAUUUCAAGCGCGAGACCAGCGAGACAGUGCGCUCUGAAUCGGCAGCCCCGGACCUGAAGGGCGAGGAUGUGAUGAUCGUGGAACCGCCAACAAGUAGCUCUGCUCUUGCGUCCAAUCGACACAAUACACGAUCGGACAGCAGCGCCCGGAAGACUGUUGUGCCUGACUUGCCGGUCAUCUCAUCUGGCUUCGGUCAUGAUAUCUCGUCUGCCGGUGUCAGUCUGGGUCACUCGAGUCUCCAUCCCAUGGACGACAUUCAACACCGGCUGCAUGAGAAUACUCUGACAUUCGAUCAUCUCUUGGGUUCGGUCCCGACCGGCUCUUAUUUCAGUGCGGAUGUCGUUUGAUUAUCUAUGAUGUGCU